UUUUCAAUUUUGGUUGGGGGCUGCCUGCAUUAGCACAAGCAAAUAGGAGGUUCAUUGAUCCGCGUCGUCUCUUUUCCCGGUUCUCACUCUCGUCCCACGGCAGGGCGAUGAGGCUGACUGAAAAUCGUCUCCUCUGCUUAUGAUAGAAGCUACUGAUGGUAGAAGCACUGUCUUCCCUGCAUACAACCAGAGACCUAACAUGAAUUUGGCAUUGCUUGCUAUAACAGCCGCGCUUUUGGCUGCGGAUAGCGGCUCCUGUUAUUCCAGCAGCGUCCCUUCAUUCAUCCUGCCGUUUACCGACUGCGUCCAGAGCCGCGGGAAAGACGGUUUCUACCUGGGAGCUAUAGACGUCACCGAGUCCGGCACCCGGUGCAUGAACUGGACCGAAGUGGCCGGCUUCAAGGAGCGCUACCCGGGAAAAGGAAUAGGAGAGCACAAUCACUGUCGCAACCCGGACGGCAGGAUCCGACCCUGGUGCUUUUUCAAGAACCACAAAGGCAGAUUGGACUGGGGGUACUGCGACUGUAAACAAGGCUCUGUGCGUCUGCAAGGAGGUCGCUCCAAGCUAGAUGGCAGGGUGGAAGUCUAUCUGGGAGGACUGUGGGGGUCUGUGUGUAGCGAUGACUGGGGGGACGAAGACGCUGCAGUGGUUUGCAGACAGCUGGGCAAGGGGAUUUCAGGUCGUGCACGUGCAGUUCCUCUGUUUCGUCCAAGCAUGGCCAAGCUCCAUUGGAGGGCGGUCCAUUGCCAGGGAGAGGAGCCGGACCUGCUCCUGUGUCCUAAGACUGCUUGGAAUGGAGGGGAAUGUUCUCUGGCUGCAGCCAUCACAUGCACACAGCAGCAAGCAAUCAAGACGCUCCCUAUACGGCUGGUGGGGGGUCGAUCAGGGUCAGAGGGCACAGUGGAGGUCUUCCAUGCAGGGCAAUGGGGUUCCAUAUGUGACGACCAAUGGGACAACAGUGAUGCAGAGGUGGUGUGUCGACAACUGGGGCUGAGCGGUGUGGCGAAGGCAUGGGGCCAGGCCCAUUUUGGCAAGGGUUCAGACCGUGUGUGGCUGGAUGAGGUGCGUUGCACAGGCAAUGAGCUCACUCUGGAGCAGUGUCCAAAAAGUGCCUGGGGGGAACACAACUGUCUGCACUCUGAGGAUGCAGGAGUGUCCUGCAACCCUCUUACAGAUGGCUCUGUAAGGUUGGUAGGGGGCACCAGCAACUAUGAGGGACGUUUAGAAGUAUUUUACCGUGGUCAGUGGGGGACAGUGUGUGAUGACGGCUGGACAGACUCUAACACACAUGUUGUGUGCCGACAACUUGGUUACAGAUUAGGUGAGACACUCCUUUCUGAAGGACUAGACAUCACCUCAGUCCCACGCUUCGGGGUGGGGUCAGGUCCCAUUCUUUUGGAUGAUGUGAGCUGCACAGGGAAAGAGCCUAGCCUAUUGCUGUGCAACAGGAAGGAGUGGCUCCGCCAUGACUGCACACACCAUGAAGAUGUGAACAUUGCAUGCAUCGCUGAUCGCAAUGGAGACAGUCUUCCAACGAGUGUGCCAGUAAGGCUUGUGGGAGGAGAGAGCCCUAAGGAAGGCCGUGUGGAGCUCUAUCUGGCUGGACAAUGGGGGACUGUGUGUGAUGACGGAUGGACUGAUCGUGACGCUGAGGUGGUGUGCCGACAGCUGGGAUAUAGUGGGGUUGCAAAGGCUCGUGUGAUGGCGUAUUUCGGGGAGGGGACCGGGCCCAUCCACGUUGACAAUGUCAAGUGUGGCGGGGAGGAGCGUUUGUUAGCGGACUGCAUCAAACAGACACUUGGCACUCACAACUGUCGCCAUAGUGAGGACGCUGGGGUCAUCUGUGACUAUGGUGAAUCGCAAACCAGCUACAAAGAGGUCCAAGAUCCUGUCAACUCAAUUUGUGGUUUGCGGCUCAUACACACCCGCCAGCGGCGAAUCAUAGGAGGAGAAAACUCUCUGAGGGGUGGCUGGCCAUGGCAGGCUGCAGUUCGUUUGCGAGGAUCUAGAGGAGACGGGAGGUUGGUGUGUGGAGCAACUCUCAUUGACACCUGCUGGAUCCUCACCUCAGCACACUGCUUCAAGAGGUACGGAAACAGCACCAAGCAAUAUAAAGUUAGAGUGGGCGACUACCACUCCCUCGUCCCUGAGGAAUACGAAGAGGAGUACGGCGUCGAUCAGAUUGUCCUCCACCCUGGCUACCACUCCCAUAACAAUGAUUACGACCUGGCCUUGGUUCGUCUGUCACCGGGGGCCGUGGGCCAGAUGCCGGGAGAGUGUGUGUCAUUCAGCCGUCAUGUUCUUCCCGCCUGUCUGCCCAUGAGGAAAGAGAGAGUGCUCAAACAAGCCAGCAACUGUCAUAUUACCGGCUGGGGUGACACGGGCCGCUCAUACUCCAAGACCCUACAGCAGGCCCCCCUCUCCUUACUUCCCCGGCGUCAUUGCCAGCAGCAUUUCCACAGUGCCUUCACAAGCCGCAUGCUCUGCGCCGGUAGCAUCCAAUCGGAAAGACGAGUGGACAGUUGUCGUGGUGACAGUGGAGGUCCGUUGGUGUGUGAGCGUCCCGGAGGGGGUUGGGUGGUUUACGGGGUCACGUCCUGGGGUCAUGCUUGUCGGACACAACAGUCCCCGGGCGUCUACACCAAAGUCUCUGCCUUCAGCUCCUGGAUACGCAAGGUGAUUGGCCGUGAUGACAGGAAAGAGAAAAAGCGAUGAAAGGCGAAUGACAGAGAAUUGACCUCUUGAUUAGAAAGGAUGACACUUAAAGACUUACUCGAUUGGUCAGGUGACAACUGAUACAAAAAUGUCAUUUCUUGCAUCUAAGUCAUAAGCACUUAUUUUAAUUUUUAUUAUUUAAUAUUCUCUUGAGCUGCAAGAUUUUGGAUGGUGUUAAAUCUCAACUCAGAAAAAUGUAACUGUAACUUAAAUAUCUUUUUGUUGUUUCUUGUGACAUUGCAUACUACACUGCAUUUUUCACCAAAAUAAUGUUUUCUGGGCUUGCUUUUGUUGUAAAGCUGUGAUUUCUGGUAUGAAGUGUGGUAUGAAAAUGGUAAAAGGACCACCGUAAAAAACAAUAAAGGAAGAAGAUUAACAGCAUACAUGCAUGCACUCAUACCUACAUAGUAAGUAACGGCAUGAUACGAAGUAGCAGACUUGCACUAAGAAUCCCCCUUAAGGUACUUAUUACAGGAUAUUCAGUGCUUUUGUGUUAAAAAUGCAGGUCACAUUGACAUUUGCCAAAUUGAAAUGUGCAUUUCAACCUGAUUUCAUUAUUGUUUAUGUAAUGUGUCUCCACUGGGCUCAUUCUUUUGUUGUGUUAAAAGCAGAUUUCAGGUCUUAGUAAUAACUCAGGCAUUUAUCAUUUACAAGCAGUCAGUAUUUGUCCUUAACUCAAUGCUGUUGGACAUUUGCUGAGAAAGGAAGGGACUAAAGUGUGUUUCUGAAUAACAGCACAUAACAGCAUUUCUAAGUGUUGAUUUGUCGUAUCGACACUGUUAACUCAUGUUCUUUUGUUCUAGUAGGAUAGUUAAGUAACGGAGACAAUCUGGUACACUUGAAAAAAACUACACUGCCUUCUUAUUUGGUGUGUUUACUGACUAAGUGUAACAUGUAAAUGUACUGUAACAUUUCUUUAUAAAUAGGUUUUUGUAAAAAUAAAA